AUGAAACUUGAACGGCUUGAAGAGUUGUUAGCUUCUCUUCAGGCCCUGAUUUCUUUGUCAACUCCACGAAGAUCUAUUGAAGCUAAGCACUUAGCUGAGGAGUUGGCGUUUUUUUGCCAGAAUGCUAUAUAUUCGGAAGAGCAACUUUACGCCCGCACGACUUCUGAAAUCUUCCGGUACGUGCAAAAGGCGCUCAGUCUCCCAAGGGAGCUCCAGCGUUACGACGUUCCUGUCGCCGCCUUAAAGUUUAUUGCGAAGUGCGGGGACCUUGUCGCUUCCUACUUGCUGGAGGACUACCACUCGUUUUACCAAAGUUUAAAAAAGUGGUGUCUUCACCAAAACGUCACUGUCAGGAAGACUGCUUUUUCUGCUCUUUGCGAGUUUCUUAGGCGGGUCUCCUCUGGACUGACUCAAGGUGUUAAUAAAGAGGCUUCCAGUUCGGUGUUUCUGUAUUUUAUUAAAGAAUUCAAAGAUGUCAUGAACUCAGCAAGCAGUUCUCGAUAUGAAAAUGAAAUGGCUAUUCGAGGCUACGGUUACUUCGCUGCUCCGUGCCUUUUGUAUAUGAGAGAGGAGGAGGUCUAUUAUAUGUUCCACGACGUUGCGCAGCAAGCAGUAAUGUUCUUCUCCGCGGGGACUAGUCACGACUCUUUGACUGAACCCUUGCCCGCCUACAUGGAGUCGAUUGGCUCUGCCCUGCAUGCCCUUCCAAGGGCAGAUGAUGCCGUACUUGUUAGGCUAGAUGCCGUGCUUGAGACUUUUUUCAAGCAUUUUCGUUUUGUUACAGCCUCCCACUUCUUAGUGCGCUAUAUAUUUGGUUUCGCCGAUGGGUGUACGUAUUCAGUAGCCGAAUAG